GUGUUGAAAAUGCCGCCGCGUUGGUUGUGCAACGCAUCAAAACGUUAAGUUAACUAUAAAAUAUGAACGUGCGUGACAACAAACAGAGCGAAAGAGACAGCAGCAGAAGUAUAAAAAACAAACACAAAAAUUGUUAAACAAAACUGUCAAGCCGGUUACCGCCAGUAAAGUGCAUCAGCAACCACAGCAACAGCAACAGCAACAACAACAACAUCAACUAGCAACAGCAAGUGCAACAACAACAACAACAACAACAACGGCUUGAAAACUUGACCGAAUUUUCAAUCAAUUUGGCGUCUCUAAUCUCGCCCAGAAUCGCCUUCGACUUCACGAUCGCGAUCGCAAUGAUUUAUUCAGUUUAUUUGUGAAAUACUAGAGCCAAGAUUAUACUGACACGUUUUGCGUCGUGCCAAAAAAAAAGCAAAAAGAAAAUCAAAAAUAAGAGAAAAGAAGAGAUUUCCCCAGCUAUCAGCUAGCUUGUCGUGUAAACAAUCGUGUAAACAUUUUGCCUGAUGAGCAAGCUGCUGCUGUGAGUGCUAAGGAUUUCCAGUGCAAGUGCAGUUCAAAGUGAAUCGUGCCCCACAUUGUUGCUGUUGUUGUUCUAUAUGCUUAAGCAAACAACUGAGGCAACAGCAGCAACAGCAACAGCAACAAGCAGCAGCUCACUUGCAUAGAAAGAGAGAGAGACACAAACACACACAGCAAAGUAGAGCGGCACACGGAUCUCUGUGUUCUGAAUGGAGACGACGUGCGGGCGCCGGGGGCCACGUGAUGAAGACGGAGCUACAGCUAUUGGGGCAUUAAAAUUGGCGAGUGUUUGCCAAUAUCAAGCACAAGAAGAAGGACAACAACACCAACAACAACAACAUGGCCAUAGGGCAACAGCAACGAACUAAAUGUAAUUCAUGGUUACAACAAACCAACAACAAACUGCUGCUACUGGUGGUGAACACAAAGAUACACCCAUCACAAAAGUACCGCCAUGAAUGAGACAGAGUGUGAGGAUCUCAUUAAAUCUGUGAAAUGGACGGAACCGGCGAAUCUGAUCUCUUUGGCCAUACUCGAGUUUAUCAACGUACUGGUCAUUGGUGGCAAUUGUCUUGUCAUUGCCGCCGUUUUCUGUUCAAACAAAUUACGUAGUGUUACCAAUUUUUUCAUCGUUAACUUAGCCGUAGCCGAUUUACUCGUUGGCCUCGCGGUGCUACCAUUCUCGGCCACCUGGGAGGUGUUUAAGGUUUGGAUAUUUGGCGAUGUCUGGUGCCGCAUUUGGUUGGCUGUGGAUGUCUGGAUGUGCACGGCUUCGAUAUUGAAUCUAUGUGCCAUAUCGUUGGAUCGCUACGUUGCAGUCACGCGACCCGUCACCUAUCCAAGCAUUAUGUCAACGAAGAAGGCCAAGUCUUUAAUCGCCGGUAUUUGGGUACUCUCAUUUGUUAUAUGCUUUCCACCUUUGGUGGGCUGGAAGGAUCAAAAGGCCAUGGUACAACCGACCUACACACGGGGAAAUUAUACGCUUUACUAUGCCACCACAAUGUCAAGCACACAGGAUGAGCAACUAGAUAUAGAUAGCAAUAUUAUUAAGCAUAAAGAGGCCGCAGCCUCUUUGAUAACUGCGAAAGGCAAUGGCAAUGCCUACGAUCCAUAUGAUCGCAACUUUGCGCCAAUCGAUGGCUCAGCUGAGAUUCAUAUAUCAACCAUUACAACAACAGCAUCAACUACGAGUACAACAACAACUUCACCUGUUACUGAAAUGGAUUAUGAUCUUAUAAGUGCGCCACCAGUGCAAAAUGUGCCACAACCGGCAACAAGUUGUCCCUGGAAAUGUGAGCUAACCAAUGAUCGAGGCUACGUACUCUAUUCGGCUCUCGGUUCCUUCUAUAUACCGAUGUUCGUGAUGCUCUUUUUCUACUGGCGCAUCUAUCGAGCCGCUGUGCGUACGACGAGAGCGAUUAAUCAAGGCUUCAAGACGACCAAGGGCAGUCCACGCGAGUCGGGGGGCAAUAAUCGUGACGAGGACUCGCAACUAAUCCUGCGCAUCCAUCGCGGUCGUCCUUGCGGCACACCACAGCGCACUCCACUCUCAGCCCACUCCAUGUCCUCGACUCUGAGCGUGAACAGCAACGGAGCAGCUGGCGCCGCACUCAACAACGAGGAUCAACAGACUGCCUCACAGCUGAGCACGCCGAAGCGUGCCACCUCGAUGCGUGUGAAUCGCCAGCGUCACGAGAAGGUGGCCAUCAAAGUGUCGUUUCCCUCCUCCGAGAACAUGUUGGAGUCACCGCGCCUAGGAGGUUCUCAGGCUCCUCCGCCCUCGCCUCAUUAUGCCGUAGUCAGCGCUAAAGGCGGCGCUAAUGCGUUGUCCAAUGGACGUCGCGCCUCCUUCAAGAGCAGUCUCUUCGACAUAGGCGAAACCACCUUUAAUCUAGAUGCUGGCAAUCGAGCCACGGAUCUGGAGCGCGGUAACUCGGCCUCAACAGCGGCGGCCAAGAAACGUGCGGGGAAACGCAGCGCCAAAAUCCAGGUGAAACGCUUUCGCAUGGAAACGAAAGCAGCCAAGACAUUGGCCAUCAUUGUGGGAGGUUUCAUAGUGUGUUGGCUGCCAUUUUUCACCAUGUAUUUGAUACGCGCAUUCUGCGACCAUUGCAUUCAACCGACGGUAUUCUCAGUGCUCUUCUGGCUGGGCUACUGCAACUCGGCCAUCAAUCCGAUGAUCUAUGCGCUGUUCUCGCAUGAGUUUCGCAUUGCAUUCAAGCGCAUCGUGUGCCGUUGUGUUUGCACUCGCAGCGGUUUCCGGGCAUCGGAGAAUUUCCAGAUGAUUGCAGCGCGUGCAUUGAUGGCACCGGCAACAUUCCAUAAAACGAUUUCGGGUUGUUCCGAUGAUGGCGAUGGUGUUGAUUUCAGCUGACUAAUCGGCAGCUAUGAGACGUCGAGUCCGUUGCAGCGCACCGCAUCGUUGCCACAGGAAGCGACCACCAUCGAUAUCGAUUCCAGCGGCAGCACGAAACGUAUACGACGUGGUGGCUUCUGCAAGGGCCGUGUGCUCUAAGGAGAGGCAGAGAAUAAAGAGCAGUAACAACUACAUCUACUUAUGUACAUCUGACAUGAGCCAAUUUAUUUCGCUUUUGUACUUUUGUAACCGCCGCCAGCAGCCCAUUGACAUUGACAUUGACAGUAUUCGCAUUCGAACGACAUUGUAACUUAAUGGCAAUAAUUUUCGUGUAUUUACCUAGGCCUAAGGCAUAUUAAGUAUAAGUUAAAAUGGGAACUUACACUCACGUUGAACAAACACACUGUGAGAUAAGUACAUACUUACUUAGCAUUAACUUAAAUCUAACUUAUAUUAUAUGUAUGUAUGUAUGUCUGUAUACUAAGUACCUAUGUUAAGCAGAUCUAUUGUUCCCUUUUGUUGUCAGCUAAAUGUGUGCAUCAGUUCAGUUAUUACUAUAUACUAUACGCGAUAUACUAUAUAUAUUUAUGUAUUAUAUACUUGUAUUUAAUGAAUAUAUUUAUGUGUAAAUCAGCCGAUAAUAUUGGUUAAGUCAAAUAGCAUUUUCAAUAAAAAUUAAAUGCAGAAAACCAAACAACAAACACCAAGAACAAACAAAACACACACAUGACAUCGAAAACAUACAAACAAAAAAUAUAUAUUAAACGAACGCCAACAAAAGUAAAGGUAAUUUAUAAUACAAAUUGAUGAGCUCUGAAAGGUCAGUUAACAAAGUUUAUUACAAGCAUUUUAAAGAGUGUUUUAAUAGAACCGAAAAAGCAAUGAAGUUGAGGUUCAGCCAAGCAUUUUAAUUGAAAUGCGUUCAAUUUAAGCACUCUGCCAUUGCCAAACUAAUAUUGAUUCGUUUGUUCGACAACUUAAUACUUAAUUGCAUUGCACUCGAAGACAGUAAACUGACUUUGGCAAUGGCACGAAAUGCUUUAUUCUUUUACAUUCUCAACCACUCGCUUGACGACUGGCAAAUCAAUUACUUUGAUCGCAUUUGGACAGUGAACAACUAUUUCGUGUACAUCAAAAAGUCAAAAGCAGACCGCAUAGUUCGCAUUUCACAUUAAAGUGGCCGGCAGGUCAAAUAUAUAUUUAUUGUUGUAGGUUCAAUACAUAGGUCAGAGAACUUGCUUUGCUAUGUUGCAGACAGAGGCCAUUAAUAAUGGAUACGACGACUGUGAGCGACAACAACAACAACAACAAUCAGAAUGACAAGGCAUUAUUGUGCUGAUUAUUCAUUACAUUCACGCGGCAUGUAAUGAAAAUUUAUACAGCUGUUAAACGUGCGUAUGAGUAAUAAAUGCAAAACGGGCAGCAGCCAAGUCCGUCACGAGAGGCAGCAAGAAACAGAGUUCUAUGUGUGUGUGUGUGUGCGAAAUUAUGCAAAUGUAUGUGUAUUAAUGAAAUAAAGUUCGCUUUGAAGGCAGCUUAAACACGCCUAAGACGAGCAGCAACAGCAGGACGACAUUGUUGCCGGCUCGAAUGAGAAAAAGAAAGAGAGAGAGGCAGAGGCAGACAUUGAGUGCUUGUCGCGUUUAUGCCAAAGACAUUUGCAUAAUUACGCGUUUAAUUUACUAAAGUGCAGCCCAGUUUGUUCUGGCCUGGCACGAACAACAGGCAGUCAGUUGUCGUAGUCAGUUAGUAGGCAACAAAAUCGCGUGCGUGUUGCGCACUGUUGUGCACUAGGGCGUAUGAGUGAUAUUCAAUAAGAGAAAAGGAGAAAGAGAGCUACAGGAAACAGAAUUGUAAAUUUGUUUGCAAUGCCAACUAA